AUGGAUCCUCUAAGUGUUGCUGGCUCGAUUGUCGGCAUCCUAGCCGCAGCAGCGAAAGUUGUGGAGCUCGUUCAGCCUUUCGUUACGAAUACCAAAGACGCGCCAAAGCUUGCGAUCUCCAUCCACAGCGAAGUAAAUCGCGUUCGAAUGGUCUUGAAUUCGCUGAAAUCGAUUUUGCAAGAUCUAUCGUCCCCUUCAACAGCCUCGCAAUCACGGGCGUCUGUCAUUCAGAUAGACCACAUCGUCGUCCUCUUCACAGAUGGGGUCCUCAUAUUCUCCGAACUCGAGUCCCUUCUAGCACCGUUGAGCGCCCCGCAUGAUGCUCAACUACAGAUCCGUCAGCCUCUGCAAUCGCAGCGGGCUCUUGAAGCUCAGAUAUCCGCACUUUUAGACAGCAACAAUGCCCUCGCUGUACGAGUAAAGGACCUCGAAGAUGUAUUUGAUGCUACUAGUCCCACAGAGCAGGGCAUCCCAUUAUUUGAUAGCGCGGCGCAAAAUACCGACAAUACAAGCAUACUCAACGUGGAUGGAGCAGCAGAGACCCCGACCGAGGAUGCCGAGCCUGUAGAGCUUUCCGCCGCUCGGUCCAGCACGACAAGAAGAACCUCGGCCCUCCUUUUUCGGACAGAACUAGAUAACUCGCGUGUAUACAGGAGAGCUAACCGUGCGGAAAGCCUGUUCUCCUUUUCGACAUCUGUGGUCCACUCCACUGCCUGGUCCGUGUUCUCGGGACUCAGCCUCGCGGAUGUAUCCGUCAUUUCAGUCAUUGCCCUGCCUUUGUAUGCGCCCGACAUCCAGAAUUCUCAACACUAUGUCUUCGGAAACGGUUUUGGAGUCAAAAACGGCUCAGCAGCGGCUGAUGAUUCUUCACUAAUGUACGAAUGCAUAGAAUUGCGGAGGAUGCUUUCGCAAAUCCCCGUCAUAGAAGAAUUACUGGUCUCACAAACCGUGGAGUACCUAAACGUCGACGUAAAUGAUCUCCUGUGGACAUUAUUCCGAGACGGGAAGUUCUUCAGAUUACUUUCGGUCGUCCUUCCGAAGAAGCAUGCGCCUCUUCCACUCGAUGACAUUCAAGAGACUGUGUCCCAUUUUAUCGAAGCUUUGGUCAGCGAAUGGGACAUGAGUUCACGAGACUGUUUUACACUUGAGGACCUGUUUGGAGACGGAAUAGCCGGGUUCAGACACGUCGUCAGAACUCUCAACUGCCUAAUCAUUAAAUAUUCGGGGCCGCUCAAGGUCAAUACGUUCUUGAAUGCGAGAAGCCAAAUGUUGAGUGAUGAUAGCCAGGCCUGUGGAUCGGGGGAAGACUCUGAACUGGUUCGUGAGUUCUUGAAAGAGGAGAGGAUAUUUGUGAACAAAUUGGCAAAACUUCGGGCACUCGGAGCGUUUUUAGACCGGGGGAAAUAUUUCGCCUCUCACGAUCUGGAUGCGCUCUUUUCUGAUCUCCUCCGAGUCCUAGAAGUCCAAACUCACUUCCUCCUCAUAGUGGAAAAAAAGAAGCUGGAGAGCUGGGGCAGAGGUUUCUGCGCACAUGCUUUCCUGCAGUUCUACGGAGAUUUUGCACAGUAUAUCCCAUAUAUUGCAAGCCAAUGGCGUCGUGCGGGGACAGCACAACGUCUGUUCAUCGGAAUCAGGAAUGUUGUUCUCCGGGACGCACCAGACAUGAAGCAUAUGGUCGAAAGUAGAGCCAUCUUCGAGUCUUGGCUCUCUCAGCCGAUGCAAAGAUUCCUUGCGUAUCCAAGCUUCCUAAAGCGCCUUGAACACGCUACCCCAUGGCUCGGGCGGGACGAGCAACACGACGUCGUUAGACUGGCAUAUAAUCUUCUGCUGUCGACAAUCUAUGCCGUCAAUCAGGUUAAUACGAUCGAAGACUUACACGCGAGGAUAGUGCGCAGCAAGAAGUUUCGCUUAGAAGACUACGGGCAAGUCAUUGUUUCAGGAGCUCUCUCUGUUUCUAUUAAUGGGGAAGAACGAAUUGCUCGGGUAUACCUCUUCGGGGAGGUCAUUCUGGCGUGCGAUGACCCAGAUUUCGGACAGGGAGGAUUGACGUUCUCAUCCAAGAUCGUUGGUCAGCAGUCGUGGCUGUUUCCCUCUGCUGUGAUCCCAUAUCGGAACAGGAUAAUAUCAUACGAAAGGAAUCCAUUUACACCCAUGCUACGUUUUAGAUAUCUACGGGGUGUUAGGACUGUCAACGUCACCCUUCGGUUCCCCGAUCAGGAGCUCAUGUCCGAGUGGCACGAUGCUAUCACUGCUAAAUAG